AUGGACUUGAUGAACAGCAGUUCUCACAGCCCACAACAAUCUGUCGAAGUCAGGCCAGCUAUACAACGACAAAGCUCAACCUCCUCAAGUGGAUCGGGCGAGUCAUCCCAUACUCGACCGCGCAAAGCUAUCCGGUCAUCACGACAACGCACCUCAGGCUCAGGCGCCCAAGGUCCCGAAGACGAGCAGAGUGGGUCGCGUCGCGGUAGCAUAUCCAGUAUGCGGACUUCCUCAGCACCUCUCGAGGGCCCCAUUACCUACACGCCAACAACGCAUCGCAUCAGCAAAGCGAAGAAGGGGAAACGUGUGCAUGCGUGCGAAUACCCUGGCUGCAACAAGAUCUUUACCCGUGCCGAGCAUAGAAGGCGACAUGAGCUGAACCAUAGCCCAGAGGCAUCUUAUCCUUGCGAUCGCGCAGGAUGCCGGAAAGCUUUUCACCGACCAGAUUUGCUGCAACGUCACCAGGAGAGGCAUGAGCUGGAGGCGCAGACAGAGGGUGGGGUUAUCGGCCACCGCCGGCUUCCAAGUGACCAGUCAUCGGCCUCAGUAGGCCAUUCUCUCAUCACUUCAACGUCGAUGACCAGUCCUAUGGUGUCAGUGCAAGCAUCAAGUAACGGACUCUCCAUCCCAUCCUUACUUCAUCCACAAUCAAGUGAAGGCUACAGCCACAGUCAACACAGCAGCACCUUCGACUUUCCACGCGCCCCUUUUCCAAUGUAUACUUCUAGCAUCAGUGCCCCCGACGACUUUAUCUAUUCGUCACCCGAGAGCAGCCAAUCACCUCUCUCCGACCAUUAUGGCUUCCCACACCGAAACAGCAUGUCUUCUUCCUCUUCUGUGGUGGACUUUGUACCACCAAACUGCGCCUCACCACUUGUUAACACUACUGCGUCCGGAUGGGCACCUGUAUUACCACCUAGUGCGCUUCCUUCUAAUUGUAGUUCUUUGGAGGAUGAUAUCGGCGGCUUCUCUUCUUCAUCUGCAGGGGCUCCCUUACCAGUACCCAUCUCCCAGCUGGACCGGCAUGAGUGGCUUGUCCUUCAACGAGAGCUGGCAUCAGCCUCGGGAGCUGUCCAAGUCGACCACGGUGGAUUGGAGAUAUUCGACAUUGUAAAAUGGCAGGACGACAGUCUCGAUUGCUAUUGGCGACAUUUUCACCCUUUCUUUCCAAUUGUACAUCAACCCACUUUUUCUGCGACUUCUAGCGAUUUGAUGACAGCCGUUAUGGUAGCGAUAAGCUCUCAGUAUGAUACCCAGACGAAUGCAAAAGACUAUUCUCUCGCUUUACUUGAAGCUUGUACCAGAUCAUUAGCAAAAAGAGAUAAAAUCCACAGCCGGUCGCGUCUUAGUGACUUGCAAACCGUGUUUCUGCUCGAAGUCCUGAUGAAGUUCAGGUCUCGAAAGGCAGAGACCGGCCUCUCUCCUCGAUUUCGUGCUCUGUUUGCAAGUCUUAAUCACACCGGCUCUCGUUAUUGGAUUUCAAACAAUCCCAUCACUGUACUCAAGGGUCUCUCGAAAUCACCCUCCGCGGCAGACUUGCAGCAAGCUCAUUCAUUUUGGCUUAAUCGUGAGACGCGCCGAAGACUUCUUCUUGGCUCAUUUAUCCUCGACACCCAGCUAGCUGCACUAUUUGAACAACAGUCUGUGCUAUUCCCUAGAUGGCCCGGCGAGACGAUCUCCGCUCAUGUUUCAAACUUGCCCUACCCCUGCGACAAUGAGUUGUGGGAAUGCGCAACCGUCGAAGAGUGGGCUGGGCUCGCAACCUCUUUCCAGCAGAUCACCCUUUCAGACGCAGCAGAUCCGACCAUUUAUGACCGUUCGAGCGCGUUGGACUCCUUCCGCGCAAGACUGAUCUUCACUCAUCUUGUCAACUGUCCAUCACACGGCAACACUGACUCAGGUACUGAGCUGGGCAAAUUGUGUGAGACCCUAGCGCGAUAUGAUCUCUCGGGCCAACAUGUUCCCACAAUAUUCGAUAUCCACGCCCAUACCACGGCACAGCACACGCCAAUUCGAAGCCUCCUGAUCGUCAGCGGCGAAUCAUGGCUUUUCGGCAAGAAGCUAGAACACGAAGAAGAUUUCGCUGCCGCGAAAGCACAUCUUCGCGAGUGGGUAGACUCCAACAAGUCACAGACAGCGCUGUGGCAUGCUACCGCAUUGUUGAGAAUGGUCUUGGACGUUAGGCCCAACACCCCUCUCCAGCCGGUCCAUGGGACCAGCAACCAGGGUUGGGAGAUGGGAAUGCUACACGAGCAGUGGUGUAUUUACAUUGCCGCACUGGUGUGCUGGGCUUGCACAUUCGAUGCGUCAGCUUCCUCGGCACCUCUUUCCGGAUUAUCAAUCUCUUCUACUCCUCCCGCCAUCUCAGGAGCGUCCUCCCCAUACAUAGCUACGUCAACUCCCACGGGCUAUCCGGCCCUGAUGGAGCCGGUUGAAGCAGGCGUAGAAAUGUGCACCUUCCUCCAAGCCACAGACGUCGACGACUUGAACCUUCUCCCCGCUGUCCUCGACAAAGUGAGGGGCCAGACGAGAGGCUUGCUUGAAGUAGUCCGAAAUGGGAAACUCAAUGGCUCUUUAGGAGGCUUAAUCAAUGAGGCAAGUGGUGUUUUGUACAGACUGGUCGAGGGGCGGAGUCAGCUUUCGCAUUUCUAA